CUGCUCCGGCUGGAAUGCAAAUAGCCUCGGACGGCGACAUCCUGCAGGACUGGGACGACGAGGUUCAGCAGCCCCCUCCCCACACACGGCCGUUCCCCGGCUCGACACAAUCCUCAGCAAGUGGUCCUACACAACCACGUGGAAAAGCUCCGAGGAAACCUUUCAAAUGGAAGUGGCCAUGGAAGAAGGACGAGAAAGUCCUAGAGGGAGAGCGUAUCGUUGCGCUCAACAACUCCGUUGCGAACUCAGACUAUUGCUCGAACUUCGUCUCGACAAGCAAGUACAACGCCGUUACCUUUCUGCCAAAAUUCCUGUUCGAGCAAUUCUCGAAGUACGCCAACCUGUUCUUCCUGUUCACUGUUUGUAUACAACAAAUACCUGGAGUCUCUCCCACCAACCAGUACACCACCAUCGCUCCACUCGCGGUGGUACUACUCGCCUCCGCCAUCAAGGAGUUCCAGGAGGACCUUAAACGCCACCAAUCCGACUCUGAACUGAAUGCUCGGAAAGCGAAAAUUCUUCAACCAGACGGCACAUUCGCUGAAACAAAGUGGAAGACUAUCCGGGUCGGCGAUGUCAUCCGUAUGGAAAGCGACGACUUCAUCCCUGCAGACGUGCUUCUACUCAGCUCUAGUGAACCGGAAGGCUUCUGCUACAUUGAGACCUCCAACUUGGAUGGCGAGACGAACUUGAAGAUUAAGCAAGCGUCUCCGCAGACUUCACACUUGACGUCCCCCCACCUUGUCAAUCAGCUACAUGGCACCCUCCGUUCGGAGCAUCCCAACAACUCGCUUUACACGUAUGAAGGCACUCUUGAACUCCAGGACAGCAUGGGUAUGCCGAAAACGAUCCCGUUAGGCCCUGACCAAAUGCUUCUCAGAGGAGCACAGAUCAGGAACACGCCAUGGUUGUACGGCUUGGUGGUCUUCACUGGGCACGAGACAAAGUUGAUGCGCAAUGCCACUGCCGCUCCUAUCAAGCGAACCGCAGUAGAGAAGCAGGUCAACCUCCAAAUUGUCUUCCUGUUCGGUUUCCUCCUUGCUUUGUCUCUUGGGUCGACAAUUGGCAGCAGCAUCCGAGCAUGGUUCUUUGCCGAUCAGCAAUGGUACCUCGUGGAAUCGACGUCUAUAAGUGGCCGAGCGAAAACGUUCAUUGAAGACAUCCUCACCUUCAUCAUCUUGUACAACAACUUAAUCCCGAUUUCGCUCAUCGUCACAAUGGAAGUUGUCAAGUUUCAACAGGCGCAGCUCAUCAACUUUGACCUCGACAUGUACUACGCCAAGACGGACACGCCCGCGCUCUGCCGUACGUCGUCGCUCGUCGAGGAGCUGGGCCAGAUUGAGUAUGUCUUCAGCGACAAGACCGGGACCCUCACGUGCAACGAGAUGGAGUUCCGCUGCUGUAGCAUCGCAGGCGUCGGCUACGCGGACGUCGUCGACGAGAGCAAACGCGACGAGGACGGUAAAGACGGGUGGCGCACAUUUGCGGAGAUGAAGACCCUCCUUGAGGGCGGUUCGAACCCCUUUGUCGACGUAUCGCCGUCGCCCGGAUCAGAGCGUGAGAUCGUUGACGAGUUCUUGACGCUCUUGGCAGUUUGUCACACUGUCAUUCCUGAGAACCGGGACGGCAAGAUACAUUACCAGGCGAGCAGUCCGGACGAGGCCGCCCUUGUUGCGGGUGCGGAGCUGCUUGGCUACCAGUUCCACACCCGGAAGCCGAGAUCCGUGUUCGUCAGUGUCAGGGGCAAAGACUACGAGUAUCAGAUUCUCAACGUUUGCGAGUUCAACUCAACGCGGAAGCGCAUGUCGACGGUCGUCCGUUGCCCCGAUGGCAAGAUCAAGGUCUUCACCAAGGGUGCCGACACGGUCAUUCUGGAACGUCUCGCGGAGAACCAGCCUUACACCGAGAAGACGCUGCUUCAUCUUGAGGACUACGCUACAGAAGGCCUCCGGACACUCUGCAUUGCCUCGCGGGAUAUCCCCGAGAAGGAGUACCGUCAAUGGGUCACGAUCUACAACGAGGCGGCUGCGACGAUCAACGGCCGUGGCGAGGCUCUGGACAAGGCGGCUGAGCUUAUUGAGAGGGAUUUACUCCUGCUCGGGGCAACUGCUAUUGAGGAUAAGCUCCAAGACGGUGUGCCCGAUACGAUCCACACUCUGCAGAUGGCUGGAAUCAAGGUCUGGGUUCUUACCGGCGACCGUCAGGAGACUGCGAUCAAUAUCGGGAUGUCGUGCAGGCUUAUCUCCGAAUCCAUGAACUUAGUCAUCAUCAACGAAGAGACGCAGCACGACACGUAUGAGUUCAUCACGAAGCGAUUGUCGGCAAUCAAGAACCAGAGGAAUACAGGAGAACUCGAAGACCUCGCGCUGAUCAUUGACGGCAAGAGCUUGACCUGGGCACUGGAGAAAGAUAUUUCGAAAACUUUCCUUGAGCUUGCUAUCACGUGCAAGGCUGUAAUUUGUUGCCGUGUGUCUCCGUUGCAAAAGGCCCUCGUCGUGAAGCUGGUAAAGAAAAAUCAGAAGUCUCUGCUUCUCGCCAUUGGCGACGGCGCAAACGAUGUUAGUAUGAUCCAGGCGGCGCAUGUCGGUGUCGGUAUCUCUGGUCUUGAGGGCCUGCAAGCAGCACGAUCUGCAGAUUUUGCCAUCUCCCAAUUCCGGUACCUCAAGAAGCUAUUGCUAGUGCACGGUGCAUGGAGUUAUCAGAGAUUGUCGAAGCUUAUUCUUUACUCGUUUUAUAAGAAUAUCACGCUGUACAUGACGCUAUUUUGGUAUUCGUUCUUCAACAACUUCUCUGGCCAGGUCGCGUACGAAUCCUGGACGCUUUCGAUGUACAACGUCGUUUUCACCCUUCUCCCCCCACUCGUUAUCGGAGUUUUUGACCAGUUCGUCUCUGCUCGGAUCCUCGACCGCUAUCCACAGCUGUACAUGCUCGGUCAGAAGAACGUGUUUUUCUCGAAGAUGACCUUUUGGAUGUGGGUCGCGAACGCUUUCUACCACAGUAUAAUUCUCUUUGCGUUCUCCGUCGUGCUGUUUUGGGGUGAUCUGAAAGAGGCAACCGGAUAUGACUCUGGCCACUGGAUUUGGGGUACAAUGUUGUAUCUCACUGUCCUCCUCACCGUACUCGGAAAGGCGGCGUUGGUAUCAGACCUCUGGACGAAGUAUACUGUAGCUGCGAUUCCCGGGUCGUUCAUUUUCACUAUGCUGUUCUUGCCGCUCUACGCUGUCGUCGCCCCGGCCAUAGGCUUCUCCAAGGAAUAUCUGAACAUUGUGCCUCGCCUCUGGGGCGAUGUCAUCCUGUACCUCAUGCUGCUGCUCGUGCCGGCUAUUUGCCUCUCCAGAGACUUGGUGUGGAAAUACUACCGAAGGACAUACCAGCCCGAAUCAUAUCAUAUUGCACAAGAGAUUCAAAAGUAUAAUAUCCCCGAUUACCGACCCCGGCAAGAACAAUUCCAAAAGGCGAUCAAGAAAGUUCGAGCAGUACAACGCAUGCGCAGAAAUCGCGGUUUCGCGUUCUCGCAGACCGAAAAUGUCAACCGACAAGACCAAGCUAGGAUUAUCCGAGCGUACGAUACGACAAAGACUGGCGCACGUCCGACGGGAUACUAGACACCUUGCUCUGCACGCUUUAUUUUAUCAGGCGACAAUGUAUUGUAACUUGGACCUUUGGUGGGCGGACAUUAAUCACGAUGCUUCUGAUAGAGUCGAGCCGCAGAUCCUCAUAGGGUAGGCGGUUUCCUUGUGGCGCAAGCGCCUAAUUAAACUCAUAAUGUACGCUUGCCUCGCUUGCUUUCAACUACUGUACAUCGCAUUACCUUCCACUAU